AUGUAUCAACAACCAAAUCACUCCUACUCGUCAAGCGACUCAUUGCGCAGAUUGUCGUCCAAUAACCCAUUCAGACAAUACCAGCCAUCUCCAGCACCGGUACAACCUCAGUCUUCACUGCUGCUGCUUCAGAUACCGCAACAUGGAUUAGGCUACCAGAAUACAAACAACAGUCAUAACAGUAUACUAGCCAAGCAUUAUGCUCACAGCCCUCGUAAGGCAUCAACCUUGAGUAACCAAUCAACAUCAUCAGCUCAUUUUGAUGAGUGGGUAGCUAAGAAUAGACAGUUUGUCGAUGGUAGUGAUGAUGAUGAAGAGCUAUAUGGUGAAGCAGAAACUGAUUCACAAGUCAGCCCCAACAAGAUUCUUAGUUAUUAUCAAAAUAAUAACGCAUCAUUAGAUAGCAAUAUUGGUGGUUAUGGUAAGAAUGCUAGAAGAUAUAGUAGAAUCAACAGUGGCGGUAGUUCCAACGGUCAGGGGUCACAUUUCAUUGGCAAUUUUAGUGACCAUCGUCCAAGCAAUGGCUAUUCUAGGCCAAUAAAGCCGCAAACUAUAAGAUCAGAUAGUGACUCAAGUGUUAGCUAUUCCAACAGAGCCAUGAAGUCAAACAACCCAUUCGUUAGUGAACCUGAGGAACAAUUUGUAAGUCAACAUCAAAUUCACCGCGAACGCGAGCCGCAGUUUUCCCCACCUAGACAUUCAAAUACACCACCAGCACGUCCACCAAAGCCACCGGCAGGUGAUGAUUUCGCACCGCCAUCUUAUGAAGAAGCUGCAGGCCCGGAGGCAGCAAAGAGGGAGUACAGAAGAGAAAAAGAACCAGGUUCGUCGUCACAUUCGUCAUCAACCAGACAACAUCGCUCGCACUCUGAUUCACGUCAUCACAGAAGCCAUCGCAAAUCAUCCUCGUCACGUCCACACAAGUCGUCAAGUUCAAGAAACAAGUCACCUAGUAAGCGUAAAUCAGAAGCAGUACCAGCUAAAAAUAUGGAUACUAUUGAUAAAUUAGACGUCACUGGAUUCUUUGGAGGUGGGUUCCACCAUGAUGGGCCAUUUGAUGCUUGUACUCCACACAGAAACAAGAAUGUAAAGAAAGCUCCAGUCAUGGCUUUCCCUGCUGAUGGACCUAACAACUCCAUUGCUGGUGGAAGCAAUUUUGACAAGGAUCAACAAAUGAACCUUGCUUUCGGUUAUGAUGAUGUUGAUGACAGCAAACUCGAUGGUGAAAGAAGCAAGCUCAAGGGUGAUGGUAAAGAAGCUGUGCCUGUGAUCAAAACCAAUAGAGUUUCAAAUGACCCACAAACAAGUAUCUACACUCCAAAACAGAAUCCCUCAGUCAUCAAUUUUGACUCAACUCAAAAAGCAGAACCAGUUCAUGGAUCCACCACAGCUGGUUUGGGCUCUACUACGUUUCUUGAUGGAGCACCUGCACCACGAGGUGCCGACGACUUUUUGGCGCCACCAAAUGGAGGCUUGGGCCGGAAAAAGUCGUUGGUGCAACGUUUGAAAGGUAAUGGAUCAUCGAACAGUUCGAGAAGAAACUCGAAUGAUGACAGACACAGCGGGGAGAACGUUAGAAGAGGCUCAUUGAAUGCGUUGGAUAUCGAUACUGGCAAUGAUGACGAUUUGAAGCCACCUGGAGGAGGCAAUUCAUUAAUCAGAAGAGUCAAGAGUUUAAAGGUUAGGAGGUGA